AGAGACGCAACGCUUCUCCUCUAUCGCAUUGGAUCUGCCUCACUGAAUCUCAUACUCAACCCACUAUACCAAAUCGACGACUCUAUUCCUGUAGAUUGUGAAGGUCGGAGCGAGAUCUGAAGCGCUUCUACAAUCUCUCAAUACCACACGAACAAUCGCCUUCUUCUACGACCUUCAGGAUUGAUGAUCUCUUUGUUGCCUUAAUGGCCGUUAAAGUGCACUAGAGUUGCCCACCCUAUGCAUUGGUGGUGCUGCCUGCCGAGAUUAGCACAUUGGAAACUUCUGCAAUGUUCUUAAUAUCUGUAACAGAAGGAAAUGGUGUUUAGUAAAAUUGCUGAAGUAAUUUCUGCUGCGUCUAGUCAUUUGUCACCCACUAAGUCUUCUGUUCCAUAUAUGUCUCCUGCAUUGUCACCGCCGAAGAGUAAAGGUUCUAAUGGUUUUGAUUUUGCAAAUAUUGGGAACAAGAACAGCUUGCGUCUUUCCUCAUCUCUCCAGGAUUUUUCAUCAUAUCUUCGGCAUGAUCUGGAAGAAGGAGAUCUUAAUGCUGGAAUUAAUAGGAGUGUGGCCCACACGAAACAGUCUUUACAGAGAGAAAAUGCUGGGUCAAGUUUCUCGAAGGAGAAGGCUUUGCCCGGUGGGACUACCACAUUUCUGCGCCGAAAGUGGGUGAGAAUGUUUGUGGUUUUCUUGUGUCUACUUUUGUUUGCUUUCCUGAUAUAUGUCGUUUCAAUGUAUAUUCAUUCAAUCUGGGGUCGAGGGGCAUCCAAAUAUUAUGUUGUUCUUGAUUGUGGAAGUACUGGAACUCGAGUUUAUGUGUAUCAGGCAUCAAUUGAUCAUAAGAAAGAUGGCAGCCUCCCUAUUGUUAUGAAAUCAUUCACAGAAGGUAUUUCUAGAAAACCUAGUUCACAGAGUGGACGUGCAUAUGAUCGGAUGGAAACUGAACCUGGCUUUCAUAAGUUAGUGCACAACAGAUCUGGUUUGAAGGCUGCCAUAAAUCCACUUGUUCGUUGGGCCAAGAAGCAAAUCCCUGACUAUGCCCAUAAGGAUACCUCUCUUUUCCUGUAUGCUACAGCUGGUGUCCGCAGGCUGCCAAGUGCAGAUUCAAAAUGGCUUCUAGACAAUGCUUGGUCCAUAGUAAAGAGUUCACCCUUCUUGUGCCAAAGAGAGUGGGUUAAUGUUAUCAGUGGAAUGGAAGAAGCAUACUAUGGGUGGACAGCCCUCAACUAUCGCACUCAUGUGUUGGGAGCCACACCGAAGAAGGCAACAUUUGGUGCACUUGACUUAGGUGGAUCAUCAUUGCAAGUUACGUUUGAGAAUGAGCAACAUCAGCAUAAUGAGACCAACAUAAACCUUAGAAUUGGAGCUGUUAACCAUCAUCUCAGUGCCUAUUCUCUCCCAGGUUACGGUUUGAAUGACGCCUUUGACAAAACUGUGGUUCGUCUGUUAAAGAAGCUCCAAGAUAGCUCCAAUACAAAUCUUGUCAAUGGCAAGAUAGAAAUUAAGCAUCCUUGCUUGAACUCUGGCUACAAGGAAGAAUAUACUUGUGCAAUGUGUGCAACUAAUGAUCAAGAAAAUGGGAGUCCUGUAAUUGGAGGGAAAAAAUUGGAUAAAGGUGGAAAGUCUGGGAUUUCUGUGCAGCUCAUUGGUGCUCCAAAUUGGGAAGAAUGCAGUGCACUUGCAAAAGUUGCUGUCAAUUUGUCUGAAUGGUCAAAUCUAAACCCAGGAAUUGAUUGUGAUUUGCAGCCUUGUGCCCUUUCUGAUAGUCUUCCUCACCCUAAUGGCCAGUUCUAUGCUAUUUCUGGUUUCUUUGUUGUAUAUCGUUUUUUCAAUCUCUCUUCAGAUGCUGCACUUGAUGAUGUACUGGAAAAGGGUAGAGAGUUCUGUGAAAAAACUUGGGAAGUAGCAAAACAUAGCGUUGCUCCUCAGCCCUUUAUUGAACAGUAUUGCUUUAGGGCACCGUAUAUAGUAUCAUUAUUGAGGGAGGGCUUGCACAUUACAGAUAGUCAGAUUAUUGUUGGUUCUGGAAGUAUUACAUGGACAUUGGGUGUUGCCCUGUUGGAAGCUGGAAAAUCAUUUUCAACUAGGUUGGGCCUUCACAGCUAUGAAAUACUGGAGAUGAAGAUAGAUCCAAUAAUUCUUAUUGGCAUUUUGUUAAUUUCAUUAAUUCUUCUUGUUUGUGCUUUAUCAUAUGUUGGCAAUUGGAUGCCCAGAUUUUUCCGGAGGCCAUAUCUCCCUCUGUUACGGCAUAACAGUGCAACACCCUCAUCUGUUCUUAACAUCCCAUCUCCUUUCAGGCUCCAGCGCUGGAGUCCCAUCAGUUCUGGGGAUGGAAGAGUUAAGACACCUCUGAGUCCUACAGUUAGUGGCUCCCAGCAAAGACCCUUUAGCUUGGGACAUGGUCUGGGUGGAAGCAGCACCCAACUCAUGGAGUCUUACUUGUACCCAUCGACCAGCAGUGUUUCACAUAGUUAUUCCUCAAAUAGCUUGGGGCAGAUGCAGGUUGACAGUAGUAGCAUGGCUUCCUUCUGGUCUCCCCACAGAAGUCAGAUGCAGUUGCAAAGUAGGCGUUCACAAUCACGAGAAGACCUGAAUUCCUCUCUAGCUGAAGCUCACAUGGUGAAGGUUUAGGGAGUGCUUCUCAGAAGUUUUGGUAUGCUCAUUACUUUCUUCACCAAAUUACAUUUUCCAUAUGGGAAAAGAACGUGAAAAGAGAUUUCAGUUAUACUCAAUUCUCGAAAUUCUUUUUUGUACCAUACGAAAUUUGUCACGUCAUCACUUCAUACUUCAAAUGCAUUACUGCUUCUGACCUCUCGAUUGAAAACUAAAAAGGGACAAUAUUGUUUCAUGCAUUUCCUUACCUCUCAAUUGUAGUGUCUAACAUUCUAUUAAUCCAGUCCUAAACAUUUACUUAAAAUAAUACAAAAUAAAAGCAAAUGCUUAUUAGUAUGGCUUCUGGAUCUAGUGUGUUUAGUUUUUCUUAUUUUGUACUUGAUCUAUAACGCAUGACAUUGCACUUAUUCCAGAUGUUACUGGCGUUACAGAACUUAAUAUCAAGGGGGAUGACUCUAGGCUAAUGACGAGAUUGGUCUGACCAUUGAUUCCAACAGAUCACACACAUCCAGGAUUCUGAUACUUAUUAACUGGCUUCCUCAUCCAGUUUAACCGCGCAUUUCUUGAGGUUCCAAGCCAUGGCUAUGACUUGAGAUUCUCACUCACAUCAGACAACCCCUACAAGUUUACAUCUUCAAGCAUUUCAGAACUAAUCAAUGACGGGCCUGAUGACUGUUGUUACCUGAAGCAUCUCUGUGAUAAUACAGCUUAAGAGUAAUGUUUUUCCUUAAUUCUUUUGGCAUUACUUAGCCUACCGACUACACUCUUUUGCAUUAGAUUUUGAGGGACAGGGUGAAGAAUUAGUUGCAAGCAAUGGACAUAAUUUUCCAAGUCUUGUUUGGGAGAAUGAUAGGAACUAUGAAUUACAGGUAGAAUCUACUAGUAUAGUAUAUAUGUUACUGUUACACCGGAAAAUAGAUUGCAUAUCUGGUA